AUGGCCCUCGGAAGAUCGUCACUUUGUGAAACCCCUGCGCGGGAAGCUUCUCCGACGUUUGCGGUUUUGACAUCUCUGCACCAGCUCUUCUUCGCCGCCCUAAUCCGACCGGCCACGGAAUUUUUCUUGUACAUUUUGGAUAGCGCCAUCAUUCUCCUGGUCUUCACUUACCAUUCCUUCCUCUUCUCUUUCUGGCUCUUCUGCUCGCUUUUGAAGGGGAAGAAGCGAAGCUCGACCAAGAAUUCGGCCGUGGGAUCCCGCGCCGAUGAAGAUGACUCGGUGUUGAGUGAUGACGGCGGGAGCGACGUGGACUCCGAAGACGAGUUCCGCCAAGAUGUGCCUUCCGUCUCGGCGCUUCCACGGCGUAUGUCCUUCCCGAGUAGCAACUUGGCCGGUGUCCCGUUCCCCGAGUCGACAGGUUGUCCCCACCAAAUGAUUACCGUCGCAAUGUACUGCAACGAACUUCCUCGUCGAGAGGGCCUGAUACUUAUCUGUCGGAAGCAGCUGUUGAAGUAUUUUCGCUUCAGAGCCGUACCUGUUGUUGGCCGGUGGUCCUCGGAAUGGCGCGAAGUCCCCGUCGACCUGUCGUGGCACGUCCGCUCGACCAGCGUUGCGAAUGACGCCGAGCUCCACACCUGGCUCGAGGAGGUUAUGGUCCAAGGUUACUCUCCAGAUCGCCCGAGAUGGGAAGUCCACUUGGUCGAGAACCGAAGCUGCGAGAGCGCGGAGAGUUCUGCCGCACAUGCUUCCAGCGCGGGAAAGAACGAGGUGAACGGCGCUGGCGAAGGUGGACAGGAGAGCCGACGGCGCAAGGGCACGGGGAAGGCGCACAAACGCAGCGGAACGGGCGCACUCCCAAGCAGGCAUAUGAUAGUUUUUAGGGUGGACCACUCGAUAGGCGACGGCGUCUCGCUUGUCCAGAUCCGCACGGGCAUUGGUCGAUGGACCGCUCGUUGGCGCGGGUCGGAUGCGUCGGGGACGCCCAGACCGGAGCGUCAUCAGACGCUGAGAGAAUUCGCGCAUUUCCUCUACGCUGUACUCUAUUCGUUGAAAGGACCGCUGCGGGCCUUCGAUGCGGAGACCCCGGUGUCGCGUCCCCACGCCUUCCGCAAGGAAUUCGGUCUCCAGUGGAGCGGAAAGAGCAAACUGGCAAAAGCACCGCUGGUUUCCUUGGCGUUUGUCAAAUCAAUUCGACAAGCUGCAGGAGUGCCUCUCAACGAUGUUUUCCUUGCUGCCUUCGCGGGCGCGAUCCGACGGUAUUGUGCCGAGCUCGAAUUCCACGAUUUCGAGGGGACGGACCCGACCAAGCGACCGCCUGCUUUGAAAGCUCUUCUCGCAUGCGCGUUUGCACGCUCUCUGCAGGCAUGUAAUGACGCGGAGUUGGCUCUUCGCAACCGAUUUGUUUUGACGUCGAUUGAACUCGCCGUCGCUCCCGCCACUCCAAAAGAACGCCUGCAUGCGACUCACAAGGUCACCCAGUGGAUGAAGAAGUCGAAACAGCCUCUCGUUGAUUUUGCCUGUCAAAACAUCCUCGGCGGAUACGUCGUCCCAGCGGGGCUUCGAAAGCAAAUUGCUGCGGAUCUCUUCAACAAUCACUCGUUCGUCUUUGCGAAUGUUCCUGCCUACCCGGAGCAUUUCUAUGUGGCAGGCGUUCGGAUCGAGGAAAUCCAGGUAGCAUUCGUCAAUAUGUUGACCCAGGUUGAGAUUCUCUCGUAUGCUCAACGGGUUGCGUUUUCCAUGGUAUACAACCCGGAUGUGAUCAAACGCGGCGAUCUUCUCCCGCAGUUCUUCGUGGAAGAGCUCUUUGCGCUUGCCAAGGACUUUGAAGUGCCGGUCCCUCCCGAAGACGCUGCUCUUGUGAAUUUCGCGGUUUCAUCGUGA